UCGUUGGUUCUCGUACUUAUAUUCUCUUUACCUUAGUUUCUUCUAUAUAUAUACACCCUUGUAUUCCCCUCAUUUAUCCAUGCACAUAAUUUAUACAAUUCAAUUAAAAAAAACUCUAAAAAAUAGUUUUGUUAUUGAAAUAAUAAUUUGACAUGGCAUUUAUUAGGAGAGGCAUACUAUUGGUUUGUAUUCUUGAGAUAUAUUUUGUAGGGAUUUCAUAUGGUGGAAACUUCUACCAAGAUGUUGAUAUUACAUGGGGUCAUGGUCGUGCAAAGAUAAAUGGCAAUGGAAAUCUACUCACUCUUUCCUUAGAUAAAAUUGAAGGGUCUGGAUUUAAGUCGAAAAAUAAUUACUUAUUUGGAAAAUUCGAUAUGCAAAUUAAAUUAGUGAAAGGAAAUUCAGCUGGAACUGUCACUGCAUAUUAUUUAAAAUCAGAAGGUGAAAAUCAUGAUGAAAUAGACUUUGAAUUUUUGGGAAACAUAUCUGGUCAACCCUAUAUUGUACACACAAACAUAUAUACUAAAGGACAAGGAAAUAGAGAACAACAAUUCUACCUGUGGUUUAAUCCAACAUCGGAAUUUCAUACAUAUUCAAUUCUUUGGAACCCUAGGGCCAUCAUAUUCUAUGUAGAUGGCAUCCCAAUAAGAGAUUUCCCAAAUAGAGAAUCAAAAGGUAUUCCUUUCCCAAAUCAUAAGCCAAUGAAAGUAUACGUGAGCUUAUGGAAUGCAGACGAUUGGGCUACACAAGGUGGUCGAGUUAAAACAGAUUGGAAAUAUUCUCCUUUCACUGCUUCUUUUAGAAAUUUCAGAGUCAAUGCUGGUAUUUGGUCAAAUGGAUUUUCAUCAUGUAAAAAUACAUCCAAUAUGCAAUGGUUAAAGCAAGAGUUGGACUCAUCAAGUCAAACAAAACUUAAAUGGGUCAAAAAGAAUUAUAUGGUUUACAAUUAUUGUUUAGACAUUAAACGAUUCCCUCGAGGAUUACCUCGUGAAUGUACCGUACUAUGAACUAUAGGUUUUUUUUAAGGAUAUUUGUUGUAAAUCUUGAUUUUAUUGUAAUUAAUAAUCGUAAUUUGUAAAUUACUAUAAAAGAUAAUAAAAUAAUAAUAAAAUAAAUAAAAAAAAAAAUUAAAAUCACAAAACCUUCACCCUAUCAAAUUCUAUCACACGAAGAUAGUUUGUUAACUUUAUAAAUUACCGUUAUGUAUUAAGACUUGCUCUUUUGAUGUAUCCUUUAUGAUUUCUUGAUUGAUUGUGAAUUUGUAGGAAGUUCUUGUAUCACAUCAUAAAUGUAUGGCUAGACUCGUGGGUCUA